AUGCUGGAUUUCCGCACCUUGCAGAUAGAUCCCCAGUACCUGGGCUCUUCGUCUGCCUUUGCCUUCUCCCGCAUCAUAAGCCUCCCCCUGAAUAGAAACCUGCCACCGUCGGCAGCAACAACAGGGCCAGCAUUGGGGGACCAACCAGGCCUGACGGGGACGCCAUGUCCUCUGCCAGACUAUGACACUGCCAUAUCGUUGAGCAAUGCCUACUUCAAAUACAUACACCCACAGUAUCCCUUCCUGCACGAACCAACCUUUAGGACUUGGGAGGCCAAGGUAUACGGUGCGUCACCAGAAUCUAUCCAUACAGAGCUUUUUGGACUAUCGCUGUUCUUCCUCAAUAUGGUUUAUGCCGUCGCGGCUCUCUUGAAAAACAACACAGAUGCUUUUGCUGAGCAACUAUACACGUCUGCUCAGCUGCACUCAGAUGCACUGGCAAAUGAUAGCUUGGAGUCCAUUCAAGCUAUCCUUCUCUGUGCCAUGUACUCUCUACGGUCUUUGACCGGGCCUUCUCUCUGGGAGCUAUCAGGACUUGCAUUACGGAAGUGCAUCGGACUAGGCUACCAUCGUAGCGCCAAACGCCACGCUCCACCAGCCAACAUGUUGCGGCACGAAUUGCGCAAGAGGGUGUUCUGGGUGGCCCAAGGCCUCGACUGCACCAUGGCCCUCCGUCUUGGGAGACCCCUCGGGAUCCCUCUGCAGGAAAUCGACGCUGAGCUUCCCGCUGAUGUCAAUGACUCCUGCAUCUCCGAGAUGGGUAUCACAGCUGAGACUGACGCCUCGGGCGAGCCAGGUCAGCUCGGCAAGUCGACCAUUACACACGCCAACCACGUUUUCAGGCUUCGCAUGAUACAGGCCCGGAUCUGCACCUCUCUGUUCUCUGACACGGCUAGGCUGAGUGUCCACGACACGGCAUACCAGACUCGAAUACAACAGCUGCGCGCGGAUCUGGAUCAAUGGCAUGCGACAGCCUCGCCUACAACAAAACCAUUAACGAUCGACGAUCUCACCAUGUUCAACAGCACUGAGUGGUACGACAUGAACUACAGCUAUACGAUUCUUUUACUCUAUCGCAACCAAUUAGAAACGUAUGGACCAUCGUCGGAACAGAUAUUCUCGGAAUGCAUCCGCGCUUCCCGGAGUGUAUGCCAGGGGUAUCGCCGUUUAUACAUUGGGCCUAAUAGGCGUUACACGUGGGGCACCUUGUCCUGCCUGUUCUUGGCCGGCCUGGUGUAUCUACACUGUCUCUGGACCGUCCCUUCACCCUGGGAUCUCGUGGCUCUCGACGAUUUUAGUAAGACAUGCACAGAUAGCACCAUGGUGCUCGUGGCCAUAGCAGAAGGGUGGCGAGGGGCAGCACCGUACCGGGACACGUUUGAAGUCCUAGCCAGCCGAACACUGUCCAUGAUGAUUAACCGGGACCGAUCUCUGCCACUCCAAGAAUUUCCUCCGCCAAGCUCCUCGACCAAUCUUAGAGGAGAAGGGGGAGGAGGGGGAGAUGGAGGGGGAGAUCAGGUGGACUGGAACAACUGGCUGAGGGAUGCCAUAGAGGCAGGGACUUUGGAUGGCCUAGAUGGCUUCUUUGGAGGGUUUAUUGAAGACUUUGGGAGAAUUGACGAUGUCGCCGGUUCCAUUGUGUAG